AUGUCUGAAGAAGCACAAGUUCUAAAAGCAAAUGCCGCAAAAGCCUUUAAGGAUAAGGACUUUGAAAAAGCAAUUGAGCUCUUUAAGCAAGCUAUUGAACUUACUCCCACUGACCAUACUCUUUAUGGGAAUACAUCAGCUGCUUACUUAAAUUCGAAUAAUCCUGAAGAAGCACUCAAUUUUUCUGAAAAAUGUAUCGAAGUGAAUCCAGAUUGGUCUAAAGGAUACCAAAGAAAAGGACAAGCUUUAGCAGGGUUGAACAAGACUGAAGAGGCCAAGGAGGCAUUCAACAAAGGAUUGGAGCUUGACCCCUGUAACACUCAGAUAAAAUCCGCGCUUGAGAAUCUUUCAAGGCCAAAAGCAGAGGAAGAUCCAUUCUUCAAUGCUGAAAAUAUGGCGAAGUUACAAGCAGAUCCAAAAGUAAGUGGGUUCUUGAAGGACCAAGACUUUAUGAACAAGUUGAACCUUUGCAAGCAAAAUCCUCAAAUGAUGAUGCAACUGAUGCAGAUGGACCAGAGGUUCCAAGAAGUCUUCAGAGUAGUAACUGGCGUUGACCUGAUGGGCAUGCAAGAACAACAAUUUCAAAAACAGAAAGAAAUGGAAGAACUCAAGAAAAAGAAGGAGGAAGAAGCCGAGCUUAAAAAGAAGCAGGAGGAAGAACAGAAGAAGAAAGAGGCUGAAGAUAGCCUCCCUGAAGAGGAAAAGACUAAACUAGCUCUUCAAAAACAAGCAAAUGAAGAGAAGGACCUUGGAAAUGCUGCUUAUAAGGCUAAGGAUUUCUCGAAAGCUAUUGAGCACUAUGAAAAGGCUAUCGAGAUUUGUCCAAAUGAAAUCACUUAUUACACAAACAAAGCUGCUGUCUACUUCCAAAAGGGAGAAUACGACACUUGUAUAGAGGAAUGUAACAAAGGAAUCGAGGUUUCUAAAGAAGGCUACUACGAUUACGUAAAGCUAGCCAAAGCCUAUGCUAGAAAAGGAAAUGCCUUAUUCAAGCAGAACAAGUAUGAUGAGUCUAUUGAUUGCUACAAAAAGGCUAUGCUCGAGCAUAAUGACUUCUCCUUCAAAGAAGCAAUGAGGAAGGUCGAAAAGGCAAAGAAGAAGGCCGAAGAGGAAGCUUAUAUUGACCCUGAAAAAGCAGAAGAGCACAGAGAAGCAGGAAAUAAGUUAUUUAAAGAAGGAAACUUCCCAGGUGCAAUCAAAGAGUAUGAUGAAGGGCUUAAAAGAGACCCAAAGAGUGCUAAAAUUUACUCAAAUAGAGCUUUUGCCUAUGUUAAAUUGUUGGAAUUCCCAACUGCAUUAAAGGAUGUAGAGAAAGGACUUGAGAUCGAUCCUAACUUCGUCAAACUAUGGAUUAGGAAGGCUAAUAUUCAUAUGGGGUUGAAAGAGUUCCAUAAAGCUCUAGAAGCUUAUGAUAAGGGAUUAAAAAUUGACCCAGAGAACCAAGAAUGCAAGACUGGAAAGCAGAAAGUAAUGGUAGCUAUCUCAGCAGGAGCUACAGCUGGAGGAGCUGAUGACCAAGAGAGAAUGGCUCACGCCAUGGCAGAUCCUGAAAUUCAGGGAUUAAUGAAGGACUAUAGAGUACAAUCAUUGCUUCAAGAUAUGCAGACAGAUCCAAUGGGUGCUCAACAAAAAAUGAUGGGUGACCCAUUCCUAACAGACGCUGUAAAUAAACUAAUUGCUGCAGGAGUAAUUAAAGUUAAGUAG